AUAUCCUACAACAAACGUAGCGAUAGUAUUGUAUUAUUAUUACCGAUAAUUAUAAAUAGCGGUACUCGUAGGUUCGAAAAUAGUAUCUAUAACCCGCUCGUAGAAAUUUCCGUUCGAAAAUUAUUUUUCGAAUUUAUAUAUUUUAUCCCCUUUAAUUUCGAACAGUAA